GGGGCUGGGCUGGUGUGAGCUCUCAGCCGAAGCAGCAGCUCACUGCACACUGCAGGACCGUUAGGGUUCAUGGGAGACCGUCCCGGUGGGGAGUCCAGGCAGGGAGCGGCUGGGGGAGGCGAAUGAAUCCAACCGUUCGGGAUGACACAAGACCGGACAUCGGCGACAGCUUUUCGCGAUGAACACGUUUGCCUCUGCCGACGGGCGCACCCAACAGACGACCGGUCGCUCGCGAUGCGUUAGGCAGCACCUGCAGAUUCCGGAGAGCUUCCAGGCAGCGGUUCAAGAUCUACUUCACUGGGUGUUCCAGAGAGCCUUUGAGCAGAGACUUGUGGGAUGUUUGACGGAACUGGGGAACUUGGCGGUGCCAGGGAGCGACUCCUGCGGGACCCACGUUUCACCCUCUGACGGUGCAGGAAUGAACUCCCUGCGGUUCAUGGGCCCGCAGUCAUUUCCAGCCUCAGACACCAGUCCCAGGAAGGGGUGCAUGCAGCCCAGCCUGUACGGCAGGCCUGGCUAUCCUGGAGAAACGGGCUACGCAGGAAGCUAUCCGGGUGGCCCAGUGUCGCCCUCCGAGGGGAUGGGCCUGCCUUCGCACUCCGGGCCCCCGGCCCGCUUCGCCCAGCCCGCGGCCGCUGCUGUCGCCGUCGCUGCCGCCACGGCAACCAUCGCCGCCACGGCAACUGUCGCUGCCCUGCAGGAGAGGCAGAGCCAGGAACAUGUGGGAGCGUACGCAAUGAUCAGUGCACCGCAGCCCUACAGUAGCCAGUACCUGACUCACUCGGGAGCCAGGGGCCUAGCCCAGAUGUCCACAGGAACGGCCGUCGGGGCAGUGCCGGGGGCGAUGGGGCAGCCGGGCAUCUCCGUGAGCCAGCCGCGCCCGCCCCCGAUCCACGCCGCGUUCAACGCCCAGAGCCAGUGCGCGCCGCAGCAUGGCUACCUGGGGGCACGGCAGCCACCGCAGUCGCCCGGCCAGGGGCUGAAGAGGCCGUACGUCAGUGAGAGCUACCUGGGGCCUCACUACACUCCUGCCAACCCACAGCGACUGCUGUCAUCUCCCAGCUUCCCUGCCAGGAUGCCAGGCCAAUCGAGUGCGGCGCCCUACCCCUUGCCCCCUGGCGCAGUGGGGCAGUAUUACAAGCCUGCGAGGUCGGUGGCGGGCUACGCCAACUCUCCGGGAAGCGGUCUCCCCCCGUACGUGUCCCCGAUCCAAGAGGUCACCUCAGCCAUCCCCCCGGACGUUAAGCUCGGUCUGAGUCAUCUCCCGUCUGCAGGAAACCCCGCUGACGAGCUGCGGCUGACCUUCCCCGUGCGCGACGGCGUUGUCCUGGAACCCUUUCGGUUGGAACAUAAUCUCGCCGUCAGCAACCACAUCUUUUACCUGCGCCAUUCUGUUCAUCAGACGCUGACGUGGAGGCCGGACCUGGAGCUGAAGCUCAAGUGUUACCAUCACGAAGACAGGCAGAUGAACACCAACUGGCCGGCGUCUGUCCAGGUCAGCAUCAACGCCACCCCGCUGACAAUAGAGCGGGGCGAGAAUAAAGCCACGCACAAACCCCUCUACCUGAAGCAUGUGUGUCAGCCUGGGAGGAACACCAUUCAGAUCACCGUGACCGCUUGCUGCUGUUCCCAUCUGUUUGUGCUGCAGUUGGUACACAGACCCUCCGUCCGGUCAGUGCUGCAAGGCCUCCUGAAAAAGAGGUUGCUACCUGCUGAACACUGCAUUGCAAAAAUCAAGCGCCAUUUCAGCGGCGGCGGCGGAGCCAUCUCAGCCGGGAACCCGGGGCUGAGCGGGGAGGACGUGGUGGAACAGACAGCCGUGAGAGUCUCUCUGAAGUGCUCGAUCACGUACAGACAGAUCCAGCUGCCCGCAAGGGGCCAUGCGUGCAAACACAUACAGUGUUUUGACCUGGAGUCUUACUUACAGUUGAAUUGUGACCGAGGAACUUGGCGUUGCCCAGUGUGCAAUAAGACGGCGUUGCUGGAAGGCUUGGAGAUCGACCAGUACAUGUGGGGAAUCUUAGUGGCCAUUCAGAACACCGAGUUCGAAGAGGUGACCAUCGACCCGACGUGCAGUUGGAGGCCGGUGCCCGUGACGCCAGAGCUGCACGUCAAGGAUGACCCCGACGUGCCUGCAGCCAAGCGCGGCAAGACCAUGAGCCCCGGCCAGACGAUCAUGCCCAACGUCUUGGAGAUGAUUGCAUCCCUGGGACCAGGGGGCUCCCCGUACCCAUCGCUGACACUGCCACCAGGGGGCAUCGUCAACCACGCUGACCACCCUCAUCAGAAUGCUGUCUAUGCAAGCCAGGGAAGCUUGGCAGAUUUUCCCCACGCCAACAUGGCCGUGAAUGAGUUUACGCACGGACCACCCAUGCCGUACCUGGCUGACGUCUCAAAUAUGGCUCCUGAGAAGCCCCUCGCCCACUCUGUGCUGGAGCAGAUUCCUCAUUCUGGAACAAUGGACCAACCCCACAUGACUGUGCAGCAAGGAGUUCAUGCACAUCACCUCAGUGCUCAGUCGUUGCACCAUCGCAGCCCAUCCCAGCACCCACGGCAGCUCCAGCAGACAGGCGUCGGUGUCCAUUCACGUGGCAAACUGUCCUUCAACCCAUCUGCAGUCAUGGAAGCUCAGGCAAGCAGCCAAGGAGCAGCUGAUGUCCCUGAGUCUUCUCUAGAACUUCUUCCAGACAUCACAAACCCAGACGAACUGCUGUCCUACCUAGGACCUCCAGACAUGCCGAACAACAGCAAUGAUGAUCUUCUUUCCUUGUUUGAGAACAACUGAGAAUCUUCCCCCCCUCACCCAAUGGGGUGAGAACACCACAGUACCCUUUGGUCCACCUCUACUGAAGUUCAGCUGAUACUGCCUCGUGUUGUUGACAGUGCAAAGCUGAUGGAGGAUGUCUGUGUGGACCGUGCGAGAAGGAGAUCCAUCCAGACCCAUUGUAAAAUGCCAUCUCACACCUUUAGAGUUUGAAAUACCUUUGGAACACCACUAUACUGACCAGGUUUGGAAAGGCUGGCAAGCGGGAAGAAAGCGAAUUCUCUACCAUCAAUGGUUGUCAAGGCAUCAGCAGGGUAGUCUUUUACUACGAAUUUCUGGAUUUCAAAACAUUGGAAGGCAAACGAUGUGGAAGACUUGAGCGCAGCAAUUAGCCCCAGGCCACUCAUUGCAGACAUUUUCUUUUUUUCAGCUGAGGAACGGUGUGGAUUAUUCUCUACAUUCACUUCUGAAGUGAGGACUGAUAUCUUGGGACUCAAAUGCCACGUACAGAACCUCCUUCCCAAAGUACAGUGGCUUUCCUGGAUCCCUGCACUUUUGUUUAUGUAAAAGAGAUGAAUGAACAUCGACACUGACUCCUGAAUUAUUGAAUAGCACGCAAAAAAAAGGACCAAUUAUUACAUUUUUGGAAAAAAAAAGCACAAGAGAUUCUAAGUGUAUAAUGUAGGAAUACUACAGCACUGAAAGGAAAGAGCUCUCUUCUUCCCUACAUUUCACAACCUGUGAGUAAAGAUAUUGGACAUCACAUGAUUUUAAUAUAAAAGCAGUACACAGAGGUGAUUAAAUGACUG